GGCCGUACGAGGUACUCGUAGCGCUGGGGUGACGCUAAAAUGGCGGCUUCGGUUCGCGGUUGCCGAGUCCCCUGUAGAGCCCUUCUUUCGCCAAGGACAGGCUAUGGUGCUUCUCCAUCAGCAUUACCUGUUCUUCAGCAAGACCACAAGGUUCAUUAUUCUGUGAUUCCUCAUGGAAGGAGUGGGCGAUCCUCUGUCAGUGGCAUCACGGCCACUGUCUUUGGGGCAACAGGAUUCCUGGGUCGAUAUGUUGUUAAUCGCCUUGGGCGCAUUGGUUCCCAAGUCAUCAUCCCAUAUCGCUGUGAUCAGUAUGACAUCAUGUAUCUUCGACCGAUGGGUGACCUGGGACAACUCCUUUUUAUGGAAUGGGAUUCACGCAACAAAGAUUCUACCCGAAGAGCUCUUGAACACAGCAAUGUAGUCAUCAAUCUUGUUGGGAAAGAAUGGGAAACAAGAAACUUCAAGUAUGAAGAUGUCUUUGUUAAUAUUCCCAGGGACAUUGCUCAUCUCUCAAGGGAAGCUGGAGUAGAAAAAAUUAUUCACAUUUCUCAUCUGAAUGCAAACAUGAAAAGUCCUUCAAAAUACCUUAGAAAUAAAGCGGUUGGAGAGAGGGUUGUGAGGGAGGAAUUUCCAGAUGCCGUCAUUAUGAAGCCUUCUGAAAUGUUUGGGAGAGAGGACUUGUUUUUCAACCACUAUGCAAACAUGCGCUGGUUUGUUGGGGUGCCGCUAAUUGCCUUUGGUAAGAAAACUGUGAAGCAACCUGUCUAUGUUGUUGAUGUAGCCAAGGCAAUAAUUAGUGCUAUUAAGGACCCAGAUUCUAAAGGAAAAACCUACACAUUGACUGGUCCUAAUAGAUACCUCCUUCAUGACUUGGUAGAGUAUAUUUAUGCAGUGCUCCAUAGACCUUACCUUCCAUAUCCACUGCCUCGUCCUCUGUAUCAUUUAGUUGCAAAAUUCUUCGAGCUAAAUCCAUUUGACCCGUGGAUAACAAAAGAAAAAGUGGACCGGUUCCAUACCACAGACAUGAAGUUCCCUGAUCUUCCUGGAUUGGAUGACUUGGGCAUUGUCCCAACUCCUGUAGAACAGAAAGCGAUUGAAGUCCUACGGCGUCACCGUAAAUUCCGCUGGUUGGAUGCUGAGCUUGAGGAGGCAAAACCAGCCAGACCUGUUACCAACAUGUAAUGACUGACUCCUGGGUCUUUUCCAGAUGGUUAUAUUGACCUCAUUUGUUUGAAGAAAUCAGUACAUACCAAGUUUAAUCCCCUGAUAAAUCAUGUAUCCAUUCUGUUA